GUGACAAUCUUACAUGACGAUACGAACGUGUUCCUGAACCAGGAUGCUGCCGAUGCUGGCUUAGCUGCGGAGCAGGGAAAGAAAUCCAAGCGGGGAUCUUUGAAGCGGCAGUCACUGAUGGGCAUGGUGCAAAGGGUAUUUGUGCGGAGGGAUGAAGACGUGUGCAAACCUGAUGCAAGCGGGGAGACAGUCCAGAUUCAUGUUCCCCGUGGUUGGGGGGAGCUGGCUUGUGGACGCUUUUUCAAACUGUGUACCGACGCCUGUCCGGCGAAUUUCAUGCACAUUGCAGCAGAGCAUCACGGAUGGAAUCAGUUGCGGGCGUCGCAUGAUCUGAACGCGUGCGGCACUAUGAAUCUCGAAGUAAACUGCUUACACCAUCAGGCCUGUUUGGCGAGAAGGCCAAUUAUUUUGUACAUCGAUGGUUUGGCCGCUUCAACAGUCAGGCUUGCGAAAGCCAUGCGAGGGUCUAAAUUCCAGCAAAGCAUCGAGGACGGCAUUGGUAUUUUGGUCAAUAAGAUGGACAGAAUCGAGGUGGCUGAACUGCCUGAAUCGGUCAAAGAAUUCCAGGAAAAACAGGAUAUCAUGUUAACGUUGGCAGCAGGCUCUUCAUUGACAUCCGAUCAACGGAAGCUAGUGUUGCGUAUGUUCAAUGGAAACUGGGAGAGUGCCCGCGACAACUGGCAACAGGGUGAGUGGACUCAUUGGUGCUGCUCCGGUUGUUGCGCCUCUGAGGAGAUCAGUAAACGAAGUGCUCGAGAAGCAUUGCCAGUGUUGUUCCAAGCGUUUGCAUCCGAGCCACUGUUGUACCGGUGGAAGCAUUGGGAGCCAUUUCUGGAGUGGGUUCUUCGAGGGAUUGUAGUCAAUGGCUUCCUGAAGUUUUUGAUCACACAAUGCGCGCCGAAAGACGAGAAGGACCGGGCAGAUUGGGAUGAGGGUGAUCCCGCCAUGAGCUUUGCCGAAAAACAAGCAGUCCGUGUCAGCAAAUGCCAGAAAGCAUUGACUGAACCUGAUUUCCAUGUCAUCCUAUUCAAAGCGCUGAUCUCUGCACAGCCCCUGCGGCAACUUAUGGACGACGUCUCCUUGGUGGAAACGUUGCGUGUCCGUUUCAUGCUUAAACAGAAAGGGGUCAAGCUUGAGAACAGCGCGGCAGAUGCGUCUGUGCAGAACAUUCGGAACAAAAACUGGGUUUUUUAUUCCGGUGAGCGAGCUUUGACCACGUUGCAAGAUUUCACUCAGUUGCUUCUCAUGGCUGAAGAAGUGACCAGCCUCACUGGGCUUCAUUUCCAAGAGCUGUUUCCAUUGCUUGUGCGUGCUAUGACUGAUUCCCACAGACGCAUGUACUACAUGACACAGAAGCUGUCGUAUAAGCUGCUGGCUGUCUUCAAAAUGUCCCUGCAAGAAGCGUGCGGUUACAUCGAGCGCCUAUGGCAGGAAUACAAGUCUCGGCCGUGCUGCCUGGACCCGCAUUUCUCACAGGUGGCGGUAGGAGUUAGGAUUGUGCCCAAUCCAGCACCUGAGUGUGCUCCGAAGCUCUUUCGGCCCUGUGCCGACUGCUUUGCUGGUGUGUGCCAAUCCAGCAAGACGCAUGCCGACGUCAUGCGCAUGACAGCGCAGUUCCAGACGAUGCUCGUGAGAUCAAAGCUGGGUGCUGGGAGCUUGUUCAAGUUUCGCGCGUUUGUGCCACCACGUGCGGAGGAAGCAUCAGCCGGUUCAGGGGGUUUCCUGAGCAACACCGUCACAGGUUCUUGGUGGGUGCUGGGAUGCACGUCAUUGAGACCGUUGGCGCAUGUGUUCUUAAAAGUGCAUCCAGUAGCAGUAGGAGCUUCUACCCUGGCUCCGGUCAUUGAUCAGGCAUCCAUGCGGGCUACUGUGGGUUCCAGUAUGGAAAUCUUCGAGUUUUACGCUAAGGCUGCCCGUGCUAGGGGCAUGGAUCCAGAAGCUCAUAUUUGCAGUUACGAGUACGUCCCCGAGUACACAGCUGCACAUGGAAACUGCCUUACUUUAUGCUCUGAUGCGGAACAUCCCAUACACGUAGGUGCCGCGGUGGAAUUACCGCCGCAGAAGAACCAUGCGACUCCACACCGGGCAACGCCGGUUCUGCCUUUUGGUAUUGUGCCCCAGACAGCAGCUCCUCCACGCAGGGGCAGAGGUGGCAGAGGCGGCAAAGGUGGUCGUUCGGCUGGGGGUGCGGGCGGGGGCAAGCGCCCAUCUCCCGCAGCAGCAGCAGGAGAUCAACCGAACCCGAGCGAUGCAGAUGACUUGCAGAUGCAGCUUUCGGAAUCCCAGCUUCAGGAGCUGGAGCAAGCAGUUGUUGUCGAAGCAUCUGCAACAUCUGAAUCCGCGUCAGGAUCGGCGUCAGCAUCAGCAUCAGGCUUGCAGGAGGAUGUCGAGUCACCCAGAGUGCUCACAAGUGCUGCAGCUGCAAGCAGUAGCGAAGUCAAGGCCAAGUUCAAUCACACGCUGGGUCUGGUAGGUUAUGGAGUUGUGAAGAGACGCUGUAAGUGUACAGUUUGCAAUGGAGCGAUAAUUCCUGGAGAUAUGAAAUUUGAGCUGGCGACUCAUUUGCAGAAGCCAAGCAAAUCGAUUCACACGACUUGUGUGACGGCGAUGCCUGCUACCUUGCAAGCCCCUUCAUCUGCUUGGCUUCAACGGCAAGUCUCCAAACCCGACAUUGCUGAAUUCGAAAAGGAGCUGUAUGAGCGCAGCCUGCAUGAUUUGCAAAUGCUCGAUUCGAUCAAUCGGCGUUCAGCUGCAGUCUGA